AUGCCGCCCAAAACUAAAGCGUCAGCAUCGCGCUUGGAUUCUGCACAAUCGACAUCACCCGCUUCCGCUGCAUCACCGGCCAAAUACAUUGACCCUCCUGGCUCAUCAAGCUCUGUCAACGUCAAUCGAGAUGCUUCCUUCUCCUCACUAUCAUCACUGCCACCCAUCGAAGUGAAGCCUCAAAAGGCCUGCGUACUGUGUCGACGUUCCAAGGUCAAGUGCAUCCACGAUGGCGCUCCUCCUUGCAAGCGGUGCAAGGACACCAAUCAGGAAGCUCAGUGCAAGUUCCGACUUCGAGCAGAUGAUGAGACCUGGCGAGAACGUACUGAUGAGGUUCUUAGCAAGCUCGGCGAAAGCGUGGAAUGGCUCGUACAACAGCAGCAGCAGCAGCUGGACCAAAGGCGAUCAGACACAACGGCCUCGACCAGCUCUCCCAUAUCCGCUCCUUCACCGCGCAAGUCACAUCAUCCUGCUAGUCUCUACCGGCCGCCUCUGCCAUCUGCAAGAGGGACUCUAAGGCAUCCCUGGCAAGCACAUCCAUAUCAGUCUGCACCGAAUGCCGAACAUGUUUCCCCACCACCGCCAGAGCCCAUACUACCUCACCACGCAUCUGGAUCACACGGAAGACCUUCGUCCACCACGUAUUUGGGCUUCGAUGGUGCUGCUGGCCUUCUCAGUCCGGGUGAUCCCCAUCUUCGCUCCGCCUCCUCACCUUCGUCAUCCGGUCCGAUGUCGGCCCAUCGUCCUUACCGGUCUCCGUCUUCGGCCUCACAAUCCUUCCGACCGUUGCACAAUUCUCAUCUACCACCGCCGCCACUGCCUCCGUCUUCGGUACAUUACGAUCAGUUUUCCGAAGCCGUGGCUUUCCCGCCGUCGGCCCACGCCCCCGCCCCUCAUCUUGCAACCUCGCACCGCAAUCCCGCUGUUGCGUCUCGGACCGCCUCGGGCCCUCGUCGCCCACCGCAGCCACCACCCCAUCAACCUGCGCCUAUUUUGGAGCCCGGGCAGAGCCGUCCGUCCUCCAUGAUCUAUGCUGCUCACCAACCCUACAACAACCUUGCAGACGCCAAGUCACGGUCGCUAGCAUCACGUGCUCACUCCGCGUCACCCUAUGCGAAACCAUCUCACUACAUCGGACGCAACGACCCUCGACUCACAGUCAUUUCUAUGGGCCUUGUGUCUAUGGAUCAAGCUCGUCACCUCUUCAAGUUCUUUGCACGGUACUUGCAGCCUCAUUGCUUUGGCUUCCCCGCCUAUCCAGCAUCAGAAGAGAUGACACCGCUCAUCAUCGCAUGCAUUCUUAUGGUCUCAUCCAUGCACGAGCCCAACUCACGCCAACUCUUCGAGCGCAUUCGCCACGAAGCUUUCUCUUCGCCCUUGCUUCUGGACCAGUCGAUCGAUCGCCACGCUCCUCUCGAUCCAGAACUCGGCAUCGGUGUCGAAGAAAUUACAGGCGCCUGCAUCGCAGCGUCGUGGCUUGGUGGCCAGACCGCACUCUCGAUUGCGCGCUUGGCUCGCUAUUGGGCCAUAGGCUACCUCGAGCACUUUGAAGUCCGCUCUGCACAGACCCUUGGAGAGUGGAUGACCAUCCUCCCGCCGUUCCGACAGAUUGACCUCGUCGGCAAGCUGCGGAUCUGGCUUAUGUCGUACAUCACAGAAGCGCAACAGGCCGUCAUCAACGACAAGCCCAGCUUGUUCCCUGAGAGUCAGCCGGCUCACUACUGUCUGGGUCUGCUCAAUGCAAGCAGCCAUAGCGCAGAGCUGGCUAGCAAUCUCGCCAAUGGAGACGGAGCAGCAAAGAGGGAAGCAUUCAGUGCUGUCGAUGGCACACCCGGCUCAACACUGUCCACUUCUUCAACCGCGCUGCCGGCUUCAAGCGACCCAGCAGGCGGUAUUGGCUCUGUCGCUUCAGACCGGCAGCUGGUUGCGCAUGCACGCAUGAUGUCGAUCCUGCUUGCUGCUCAAGACCUGCACCGCUCAGCACGUGCUACCGUGGCUUCCAACAAGUCAACACCCUCCGAACAACAGCCAGCAAACUCGGGAUCCAAGGACUCCAGGCUGUUCGAUGCAUCUCAUCUGGCAGAGCGUUGGCGAGAGUGGUUGGAAGAGCUGAAUCGAUGGCGUUUGCUGACUUCACAGUACUCUGACCUGUCAGACAGCUCACUUGAGUCGAUCGACCUGUCUCUGCUCUAUCAUCUCUCUCGUACCUUCCUUGCUUCCCACCCUCUGGAUCCGGAGCUCGACAUCUUGAACGAGACUCAGCAUGCACUCAAGGUCGCCUCCAACGCCAAUUCGCCCAAAUUCUCCCGUCUGGCCAUUGCUCAGCUUCGUACGAUCUCCACCGCCAAACAUUCAGCCCUUUUCGCGUUAAAGCUUGCAACCACUGAGUUUGGCGAAAAGCUCUUGUAUCUGCCACAGUUCUAUCACUGGUUGCUUGGCCAUGCUGCUGGAUUGCUUCUGCUGCUGAUUCAGCGUAGGGAGACGUUCCUCAUGGCCAAAGAAGCAGAGUCAUUGUUGGAGACGACGGAGAAGUUUGUACAGCUUUACAUGUUCCGUAUCACCAGUCACUCUUUCCACUCGGCUGCUGGAGAGUAUGGCAUCAGCCAGAACCCUCAGCGAUCUGUCGGGAUCAAGCGAACUGCCUCGGAUGCCCAACUGCAAGAGACAGCUGGAGAAGAUGCAGAGCGAAGAAGGCAUCAGGGUAGCCCGGGUGGAGAGAAUGAUCGUGGACCAAAUAGAAAUGGCAAUGGAGAUCCUUUGAAUUUUCAGUGGCCAUUCAUGUCUGGAUUUCCAACAACGCAAGCGCAGGGAUCCAAUGCGACCUCGUCCGGCUCUACUGCGGCAAGUGCAGCAGUGGUUCAUCCCAUCGCACAGCAACAGCUUGCUCACGGCAACCCAGCAGAGAAGCAUCCCGCACUAGCAAAUGCACAGGCGCUUGCCCGAGCUCUGUAUCUUGUCAAAAUGCAAGUCCAAUCACUCGAGGUUGAUAUUUAA